UAUAUUAAUAAUUUCAUUGAUAUUGUUUAUAUUGAUGAUUGAUUGAUAAAGGAGCCAUAAUAUUAGGAAUGAAAGACAGUAAAAGCAAUUUGUCAUCAAAUGAACACAUUGUUUAUGCAUCAUGGGCAAAGGGUGUGGUGGAAUGUGAAGAGAAGUAUCAAGUGAAGAGAGAAUACGGUUUAUCCGACGAUGAAGUUGCGAAACGGUUAAAGAUUUAUGGGAAGAAUGAGUUCGAGAAACACGAAGGGCAGUCUAUUCUACGACUGGUUUUGGAUCAGUUUAACGACACGCUAGUCAAGAUUUUGUUAGCUGCCGCUGUGAUUUCUUUUGUUUUGGCGUGGUAUGAUGGAGACGAAGGCGAGGAAAUGGAGGUUACCGCUUUUAUCGAGCCUUUGGUUAUUUUUUUGAUACUGAUUGUUAAUGCAAUGGUUGGUGUUUGGCAAGAAAGUAGCGCGGAGAAAGCGCUAGAAGCGCUUAAAGAUAUUCAAUCGGAGCAAGCGACUGUGAUACGUAAUGGGAAAAAGGCGUCAAUCGUUCCUGCGAAAGAACUUGUUCCGGGGGAUAUAGUGGAGCUUCGGGUGGGCGAUAAAAUCCCGGCUGAUAUGAGGGUUUUGCAGCUAGUUAGUUCCACGCUUCGGGUUGAACAAGGUUCGUUAACCGGAGAGAGUGAAGCGGUUAGUAAAAGUACAAAGUCGGUCGCGUUUGAUUGCGAUAUUCAAGGGAAAAAGUGUAUUGUGUUUUCCGGGACGACGGUUGUGAAUGGGAAUUGUGUGUGUUUGGUUACGGCUACGGGGAUGGAUACCGAGAUAGGGAAAGUGCAUUCUCAGAUUCAUGACGCGUCACAGUACGAAGAAGACACGCCGUUGAAGAAGAAAUUGAAUGAGUUUGGCGAAGUUUUAACGAUGCUAAUCGGGUGCAUAUGUGUACUGGUUUGGCUUAUUAACUUGAAGUAUUUUCUCGACUGGGAGUAUGUUGACGGCUGGCCGAAGAACUACAAGUUUUCGUUCGAAAAAUGCACGUAUUAUUUCAAAAUCGCGGUUGCAUUAGCAGUUGCCGCAAUUCCAGAAGGUUUACCAGCUGUAAUUACCACUUGUUUGGCCCUUGGGACACGUAAAAUGGCGCAAAAGAACGCUCUUGUUAGAAAACUACCAAGCGUUGAGACGCUUGGGUGUACAACCGUUAUCUGUUCGGAUAAAACGGGUACUUUGACCACUAACAAUAUGGCUGUGACUAAACUUGUUGCUAUGGGUCAAAAAUCGAGUGUUCUUAGACCGUUUAUUGUAGAAGGGACGAGUUAUGAUCCGUCCGAUGGAAAAAUCCAGCAUUGGCCCGCUGGCAAAAUGGACGUUAAUCUUCAAACAAUUGCGAAAAUCGCUUCGUUGGCUAAUGAUGCUGGCAUUGAACAAUCUGAAAAAGGUUAUGUUGCAAUUGGGAUGCCCACUGAAGCAGCAUUGAAGGUUCUUGUUGAGAAAAUGGGACUUCCUGCUGGAAUGAAUCCUGGUUCAUCUACAGGUUGUUCCGAGGCAUGGAAUAAACUUGAAGGAAGGAUCGCCACCCUCGAGUUUGACCGCGAUAGGAAAUCUAUGAGUGUCCUUGUUUCUUCUGACUCUGGAAAAAAGUCGCUACUUGUAAAGGGUGCAGUAGAAAAUUUGUUGGAGAGAAGCUCAUUCAUCCAGUUGCUUGAUGGGUCAACUGUUGCAUUAGACCAAAAGGCAAAAGAAGUUAUCUUAGAAAACCUUAAUGCAAUGUCGAAAGGUGCACUACGCGUUUUGGGCUUUGCAUACAAAGAGGAGCCUGAACAGUUUAAGACGUAUAAUGGCAAUGAAUACCAUCCUGCUCAUAGUCUUCUACUUGAUCCAGCUAAUUACUCUUCUAUUGAGAGUAACAUGGUAUUUGCUGGCAUGGUUGGCCUUCAUGAUCCACCUCGGAAAGAGGUUAGGCAAGCCAUUGAAGACUGCAGAGCAGCCGGAAUUCAAGUAAUGGUAAUAACAGGAGAUAACAAGAACACAGCCGAAGCAAUCUGUCGUGAAAUAGGCGUGUUUGGAACAACCGAAGACAUCAGAUCCAAAAGCAUAACAGGAAAAGAUUUUAUGGAACAUAAUGAUCCAAAAGGCCACUUAACACAAAAGGGAGGCCUUCUGUUCUCUCGCGCUGAACCGCGCCACAAGCAAGAAAUAGUCAGAUUGCUUAAAGAUAUAGGUGAAGUUGUCGCAAUGACAGGUGAUGGUGUCAACGAUGCACCUGCUUUGAAACUGGCUGAUAUUGGUAUUGCAAUGGGCAUUGCUGGGACUGAGGUUGCGAAACAAGCUUCUGAUAUGGUGUUGGCAGAUGAUAAUUUUAGUACAAUUGUGGCUGCAGUUGGAGAAGGAAGAUCUAUUUAUAACAACAUGAAAGCCUUUAUCAGGUAUAUGAUAUCUUCAAAUAUUGGUGAGGUUGCAUGCAUAUUUUUGACUGCUGCUAUGGGGAUUCCAGAAGGUUUAAUUCCGGUUCAGCUUCUUUGGGUCAAUCUCGUGACUGAUGGACCACCCGCGACUGCCUUGGGUUUUAACCCACCCGACAAAUACAUUAUGAAAAAGCCCCCUCGUAGAAGCGAUGAUUCCUUGAUUAAUGCUUGGAUUUUAUUUCGCUAUCUGGUGAUUGGAACUUAUGUUGGAAUCGCAACCGUUGGAAUUUUCAUCAUCUGGUUCACUCGUGAUUCGUUUUGUGGAAUCGACCUCAGUGGAGACGGUCACAGCCUCGUGACCUACUACCAACUUUCACAUUGGGAUGAAUGCAGAUCUUGGAAGAGUUUCUCCGUGUCGCCUUUUACAGCUGGCACACACGUGUACAAAUUCGAUUCUGACCCGUGUGAUUACUUUCGUGGCGGGAAAAUAAAAGCCAUGACCCUUUCAUUAUCGGUAUUGGUAGCGAUCGAGAUGUUUAAUUCCUUAAAUGCCCUUUCGGAAGACGAGAGCUUGUUGACCAUGCCACCUUGGGUCAACCCAUGGUUACUUGUCGCAAUGUCGGUAUCUUUUGGGCUUCAUUUUCUGAUCUUAUACGUUCCGUUCCUUGCUAAAAUAUUCGGGGUUGUUCCGUUAAGCAUGAACGAGUGGCUUCUCGUGUUGGCGGUCGCCUUUCCCGUGAUAUUAAUCGACGAAAUCCUUAAGUUUGUGGGUAGGCGGAAUAAUGCGGCUCGAUCGGUUUCGAGGUCUUCUAAGUACAAGUCAGAAUAAGAGGAUGGUUCAUGAGUAUCUCAAUGGGUUAAUUUUGAAAAAAAAAAUAUAGCAUUUCUUUUUUAAGAGUAGGAGCCUUUUAUUCAGUUUUUAUAGUUUGAACUUUCAUUUAAAUAAACUAAAAUAGGAUUUGAGAUAUAACACAUGUUUGGGCUUUGGCAUUUGGGUAAGCCAAGACUAAAGCCAACCAAAUAAAGUAGUCAAAA